UCAGCCUCAGCCCUCUCGCCAGCCUUGGUGGGUCCCUCCCUUCUCUUAUCUGCCCACCUGAGAAUCAGAAGGCACAAUCUUCUUACAGGCCCAUGAUUUAUCAGCGUGGCUGGAUCUAAGGGCUUGAAGUCAGAUUCCUUGAGAUCUACUGAGUGUGGAGACAUGGCAAGGUUUGUUUAAAGGGGCUGGGCUGGGCUGGGCCUUGCAGCUGCAGAGAGAAGGUGCCAGGAAGAAAGCAGCCGCCUGCUCGGAAAAUGAAGGCGCUUCUGUUGCUGGUCCUGCCUUGGCUCAGCCCUGCCAACUACAUUGACAAUGUGGGCAGUCUGCACUUCCUGUACUCAGAACUAGUAAAUGAGGACAAGAUGAGGUCAUAUGAGGGCAGCCUCACAAUGCCGGUCUUUGGCAUGAUUGACUAUUGGCUGCUGUUUUUAUGUUCUCACCUUUGCUACACUAACUGCCCAAGGAGUUACUGCUCCAUGAACGGUCCCUAUGCGUGCACUGGUGUCUGUGUCCCUCAAAUUCAGGAUCCAAAUGGAGCCAGACAGGAGUGGCACCUAGAGCUCAAAAGACUGAACAGCUUAUUUUUCUUCCUCCUGUCUCAUGUGUUUGGUGACACUCCCCAGCUGAGUGUCAUCCACAGAUUUCAUGACACGCUGUCCCAGGUCAUCCGUCAGGAUAUUGACUCAGAUCAGUCUCGGCCCUUCGAGCGAUCCACUGUCAAAAGCAGAUCUUUUAAAAAGAUUAAUCGAGCUCUGAGUGUUCUUCGAAGGACAAAGAGUGGAAGUGCAGUUGCCAACCAAGCUGACCAGGGUAGAGAAAAUUCUGAGCACACCAGUUCCCCUGAAGUCUUCCCAAGGUUAUAUCACCUGAUUCCAGAUGGUGAAGUUACCUGCAUUAAGAUCAAUCGCGUGGAUCCCAAUGAGAGCCUGUCUAUUCGUCUUGUGGGGGGCAGCGAGACACCCCUGGUUCACAUUAUCAUUCAACACAUUUAUCGUGGUGGACUGAUUGCCAGAGACGGCCAGCUCCUGCCGGGAGACAUCAUACUCAAGGUCAACGGGAUGGACAUCAGCAACGUGCCUCACCAGUACGCCCUGCGGCUCCUGCGCCAGCCCUGCCAGGUCUUGCGGCUGACCGUGCUCCGUGAGCAGAAGUUCCGAAGCAGGAACAACGGACAGACGCUGGACUUCCAUGGACCCCGGGAUGGCAGUUUCCAUGUGAUUCUCAACAAAAGCAGCCCUGAGGAGCAGCUUGGAAUAAAACUGGUGCGCAAGGUGGACGAACAUGGCGUGUUCAUCUACAACAUGCUGAAUGGGGGCGUGGCUGACCGACAAGGCCAGCUAGAGGAGAAUGAUCGCGUGUUAGCCAUCAAUGGACACGACCUCCGAAACGGCAGUCCAGAGAGCGCAGCUCACCUGAUUCAGGCCAGUGAAAGGCGUGUUCCCCUCGUCGUGUCCCGCCAGGUGCGUCUACAGAGUCCCUGCAUCUUUCAGGAAGCCGGCUGGAGCGGCAGCAGCAGCCCGUCCCCGGGGCAAGAAGACAGGAGCAACAUUGUGAAGCCCCCUCACCCCACCAUCACUUUUCACGAGAAGAUGGUAAGUGUCCGAAAAGACCCCAGUGAAUCUCUCGGCAUGACAAUUGCCGGGGGAGCAUCACAUAGCGAGUGGGAUCUGCCUAUCUACGUCAUCAGUGUUGAGCCUGGAGGAGUCAUAAGCAGAGAUGGAAGAAUCAAAACAGGUGAUAUUUUGUUAAAUGUGAAUGGGGUUGAACUAACAGCGGUCAACCGGAGUGAGGCAGUUGCCUUAUUGAAAAGUACAUGCUCCUCUGUGGUACUUAAAGCUUUAGAAGUCAAAGAACAUGCACCCCAGGAAGACUGCAGCAGCCCGGCAGCCCUGGACUCCAGCCACAACAUGGCCCCCCCUGGAGACUGGUCCCCUUCCUGGGUCAUGUGGCUGGAAUUACCCCGGUACUUGUAUAAAUGUAAAGAUGUUAUAUUACGAAGAAACACAGCUGGAAGUCUGGGCUUCUGCAUUGUAGGAGGCUAUGAAGAAUACAAUGGAAACAAACCUUUUUUUAUCAAAUCCAUUGUUGAAGGGACACCUGCAUACAAUGAUGGAAGAAUUAGAUGUGGUGAUAUUCUUCUUGCUGUCAACGGUAAAAGUACAUCAGGAAUGAUAUAUGCUUGCCUGGCAAGGAUGCUCAAGGAACUUAAAGGGAAAAUCACUCUCACUAUUGUUUCUUGGCCUGGCACUUUUUUAUAGACUCAAAGAUGG